CCUCCUCCUGCCGCCCGCCCGCACCGCCAUGGGCCCCAAGCGGCCCAAGUCCGCCCGCGACUCUCCGGGGCGCCGACCCUCCGCACUCCCGAGCUGGGAGGCCGAGCUGGUGUCCGCCCCCUUCGAGGAGGAGGACUGGAAGCCUAGCAUCGCUUUCGUUGUUGGGACCAAGAUGGAGGAUGAAAUCCACAUUCAGGCCCUGUCUAUGGCUGUGCGGGUGCCACAGCGAAAACUCUUCAGCGUAAUAACCCAUGAAGACAUUUUCAGACAGAUCACAGAAUGUGGGAGUCAAAAGGGAAAAAAGGUUAAGGAUGGGCCUAUGUACUAUGAGGUGAUAGAAUUAGCCAAAGCCAUUCUGGAUGGGGGUGCAGAAAUUCCUGUUACACUAACUGGAAAGCUGUUGAAAUUUCAACUGCUUUGUCUCAAACAGAAGGACCUUCAGAGAAGAGAAGCUGAAAAGAAGGCAGAACAGCAACAAAAAGAAAAAGAAAAAGCUAAACCUCCUGACAAAGCAGCUGAAAAAGAAAGUAAAGGAAAAAAGUCAGCAGCCCCAGCCUCUGCUAAAAAGGACACCAAAUUGAAACAACGACGUGGAGAAGUGGAAGAGAAAGACCAAUACAUUGAUGAUGAACCAGAUGAUGGUGCCCAUCAUUACUUUAUAAUUUUGGAUUUCCACAACCUUCAGCUGUUACCUGUGAUGGCUGAGCUUGGAAUUAACAUUUCAAGUGUAAUUCAAAUUUCUUCUGAGAAUUACAAGCCAUUGCAGAUACACUUGGAAGAAACUGCACUUCAAGGAGAGCCUUUAAUUUCAUCUGAAGUUGUAGAAACAGAGAAAAUAAAGGAAGAUGAAGCUAACAAAGACCUGGAAACAUUUUGGAAAUACCUGGAGCCAGUUCUGAACAGUGGAAAGCAUGGAUCAAGUCUGUAUGAUGUUGCCAGGCUCCAUCACCUAGUUAAGGAAAGUGACUUUCCCACUGAUUGGUCUGACAGAGAAAUGCUGCUUGCAUUUGGUACUGUGCUGUUUGAACACAUUGCUCGUUUGAUGUAUGAUUGCCUGGACUGGAAAAGGCAGCAUUGCAACUACUUGGAAAACACCAACUUUAUUAAUGUGCCUACGUUAUCAGAGAGCAAAUCACCACAACAAUCUGUAACUGAGGUUGAACCAGCAUCACACAUGACACCUCCAAAGAAAAAAGGGAAAGCAGAAGAAGUUCUACCAACAGAAAUUUUGUCACAGGCAGCUGAAGAAACUUCUUUUUUGUCUCAUUCCAUGGACAUGAGGUUUUACAAUGACUUGCUGAGUCAGAUUCCUGAGGAAUACUUUUCUGUACCCUUAAUGCUGAGCUGCAUGUUGGAACAGGUUAUUGCGAGUGAAGAAGACCUUACACCACCUAGUCUGGUGGUACAAGAACCUCCAGCAAAUGGGUUUCGUCAUGCCAUUGCCGAUCAUAUAGUCUCUGUUCUUCCUUCUCUUUCACUUUCUUUGAGUGAAAAAAAGAAUCUAUAUGACUACUUUUCUUCUAAGUGCAGUGAAGAAAAGACUGUUACCCCCCAGUACCCUCUCUUAUUUAACUACCAUGAUACCCUCGCUCAGCGGUUGCACUUCCUGAAGGCCCAGGAGAACUUAAAUCCGGAAAAUAUUGAGCGUGAAAUGAUGAAUAAACUGCCUCUUACAGAACUUACCCAUUUCACCCUUCCUUCAACUAAAAAUAACACUAAACACUUGGCCAGAGUUCAUGAGCUCAUGCAUUAUUGUACCAGUGAACUUCUGAGUUGGGCUGAAGUAGAAAGAGCCUUUAGAGUAUUUACUUUUGAAAGCCUGAAGCUGACCUGGCUGAGUGACUCUGGUUUCCUGGAGAGCUCUGGAUCUAUGGUUGGAGGGAAUUCUGAAGUGUGUUGUAUCCCUUGGGAUAAUCCAGACAUGUUUGCAAGACAGCUGAGGCAACUCUUCCUUAUGGAAAAGAAGCUUAAUGGAAAAUCUCCAAGAGGCUCCGGGCAUACGGAAAUAAAUGGCAAAGAUGGAAGAGAUGGUCUGGCUGAUCCUCUUUUGGACAACGAAUUAGAUCUUCCUGUUUCUGAUAUGGUGAGUCUGGAAAAUUACUUAGAAGAAAUAAAAAAGAUACAGCAGCGUUGCUUGACGGACUGGAAUUUUGAGGAGCAUUUUCAACCACAUGUUCUUCUUCAGGUUCUUCAUACAGCAUCCCAAGAAUAUAGAUGUAUUGAUACCUUUUAUCAUAACCAAGAUAACUCUUUGUUAAUGGUUUUUCACAAUCCUAUGAAUCAAUAUCGUCUGUGCCAAGAGACUUGGGAUAUUGCAUUGCACUCUAAUGUUGGAUUCAGGAAUUAUCUCGAGCUGGUGGCUAACUCAAUUGAGGACUGGGUGAGAGAGGAAGAAGCUAAAUACCAAGAAGAGAAGAUGGGCAAAACAUCAGGACCUGAGAGCAUAAGAGAAUCUCAAUCCAACAAUGGAGAAAGUCCCAUUAUCAGAGAAGAUUCUUUAAAGGCUUGGAAGAAGGAGCAGGACCGCUUACGAGAGGAAGAAACAAAAGGAAAGACAGAAAAUUUGGGAAGUAAAAAGAAAGGACAGGAGAUAAUAGAUGGAGAGUGUAAAGAUUCCGAAGAGAAGUCUAAAAAUGAGCCAACAGAAGCCUCUGAACUUCAGGAGGAUCACAGCAUUCCAGAACCAUGUUCUGAGAAAGUUUAUAAGUUUCAUGGCUACAAUACAGGGGAGGAUGUAAUUCAAAUAUCAGGAACCACUCAAUAUCUCUUCCCAUCCGAUGGAGGACAGAUUCAAGUAGAAAAGAUAGAGUUUGUAAAAGGUCUAACUUCGGUAAAGGUGAAAGUGAUAAAAGACAACCACAAUUUCUUCAUUCAUAUCACAGAUCCCAAGAAAAACUUGGAAGAAGAUGAAGUGCAAGAAAUUAAUGAAGAAGAGAAAAUUAGAUCAGGAAAAAUAAAAAAUCAAAAGAAAGCUGUGAGCAAGUUUGGAUCUUUUUCAGCCACCUUGGAAAAUGGAAUCCAGCUGUCCCUAAGCUAUUAUGGACCUACAGGGAAGACAGCAGAUGAUGAAAACGGUGAUAUCUUAGCAAGAAUUCUGGACAUCCCAUCUGUUCAUAUUCCGACCAUAAUUCCGACAGAAGUGGCUCCCAUUACACCAGCUUUGGGAAAAAAAGAUAAGUCUGACAAACAAAAGUCAGGAAAAUCUCAGCCUUCUACGAAAGCAAACCGUAGCAAAAUAGACCCUUCAUCAUCUGAUGACCUGGUACAGCAAGAAGAAGUAAAGAUAGAAAUGGAAGAACCAGCUCCCCAAAUACAAGAGAUAUCAGAUGUUCUUGCUUUUCCGAGUUUGAAUGUCUCCUGUCCCAAUGGACUUGUAUUAAGUUUCCUUGGUGAAAGCUUUGAAGAUUUGAAAGAUGAAGCCACUACCACUGAAGCAGAGAAAGAGGUGGUAAAGGAAAGUGAGGCCAAAGCAGAUGAAGCAAAGGAGGAAGAGGUUAAGGAAAAUGAGGCCAAAGCAGAUGAAGCAAAGGAGGAAGAGGUUAAGGAAAGUGAGGCCAAAGCAGAUGAAGCAAAGGAGGAAGAGGUUAUGGAAAGUGGAGAGAAGGAGCAUGAGGUUUCAGAAGAUGAAAUAGAGCACAAAGACACUGAAAGAAAAAAGGCCAAGCAGCCUACUCUGGAAAUUCUGGUUAGACAGAGUUAUCCCCAAAAGGUAAAGAACUCUCAGCUUUAUACACCUGUGGCAAGGCAAACAGAACAAGAGGUGUCAAGAGUCAUCACUAGUCAAGGAACUGUCAUGAAGUACCUGAUGGAUGGAUCUACCCAGAUUCUGUUUGCUGAUGGCACAGUGAGUAGGAGUCCCGACUCUGGUCCUGUCCUACCACCGUCUACAAUUCCAGAUAACAUACAACCAUUACCAGAAUCAGAGCUUUUACAUGAGACCAGGAUUAAGAAAGGAAAACACAGUGGCAAAAGCAUUAUGUCACACCCAACCAAGGAUGAGUUGUUUGAAAAUACUGUUCAGGAUCUGGUUAAUUCUGAGGAACCUAAGGCAGGAACCUGGAUAACAACAACUCCAUUAGGCAUUCAAGUGGGCACUGAGGGUGGAAAGAGAAUGGAUCUGAAGCCGCUCUUCAUGUAUCAGGCAACAGACCCAGCUGAUGAGACGGUUAUGACUGUACGAGAUGAUGAAGUGAUAAUUGUUGAGAAGCUGGAUGGUAGCAGAGUAGUAGAUCAUGCUGAUGGUACCAGGAUCACAACUUUUUAUAAAAAAUGUGAAUGCCGUUUUGUACCAGAUGGUGGUGAGGAAACAGAUGAACCCUCAAAAACCACCCCAAAGAAGGUGAAGUGUGUGCGAGUAGAGAAUCCUGAGUUUGCUACUGUUAUAACAAAUUGUGAGGAUGGUACCUGUUGUACCAUCUUUGGAGAUGGAACAUCUAUUCUAGCAAAGCCACAGGGAACGUAUCAGGUUUUACCCAUCAAGACAGGCUCUCUUUUCAUUGAUGAAGAUUGCUCAGCAAUUUAUACCCAUGAAGUUUAUGAUUUCGUCAGCAAGAACGAGGAGAAACAAGCAGGGAGGUACAUUAUGAAACACACUUCCAGCACUAUUUGUGAGAUGGUGGAUCCUGAAGGAAAUACUUUCAAGGUCAUGGCUGAUGGCAGCACAAAUGUGUGUGUUCCCAGCACUUGCUCUGAUGACAAGGAGGACAGAAGUUCAGCAGCAGUAUUCCAAGAAGUUGACAAACCCAUCACUUAUGAUGAGCAUGCCCCCAGGUUUUUCAUUGUCUAUGAGGAUGGUUCUGGAACUGAGCUCCUGCGGAGCCGGGAUGUACACACAUAUCUGGUUGAGGCCUGUAGUGAUCCUGCCACUGCAAUCUUGCAGGAUCCUGUGCAAGAACAUCCAGGUGUUUUAAGUAUUACUGUCCUCCACCCUAUGACUGACGCCUCCCCCUGGGUAAUGAAGAAAGAACCAGAGAGUAUUGUUCCUCCAAAUCUUCAGUCAGAACCAGAGAAUAUUGUUCCUCCAAAUCUUCAGUCAGAACCAGAGAAUAUUGUUCCUCCAAAUCUUCAGUCAGAACCAGAGAAUAUUGUUCCACCAAAACUUCAGUCAGGGACUGAGGAAGCAUCUUCUCCUCUUGAGAGGAAGAUCACAGAUCCCUCAGUCAGAACAUGUCUUUGGAAGGGUCUCAGCAUUGGAUCUGCAGAGCAGUCGUGCUUACCAGUACCUGUGCGUAAAUGUCCUAAUAAACUGGUAAUCCGUCAGCUAUUCCAGUAUAAACCACUCAGUGAUGAACUAAGAGAAAAGCUGCAUCUUUCCCUCAAGGAAUAUAUGGACAACAUUUUAAAGCAUGAAAAUGAGCUGGAAGAGAUGAAUGUGAAAGAACCAAGAACAGAAGAGGAAAAGGAGAAUGCUGCAAGUCUCCUUGAACUGGUUACAUCCUUCCCUAACUGGGAGAAGUCAACUGAAAAUCUCAGUGAUAGAGCUCAUGUGAGUGAGCUGUAUGAACAGGCUUCUCAUCACACAAAGAAGAUAAUCACUACACAAAGAGAGGACCAACAGCAGCAGUUAAGCCCAGAAGGAGUAACACCAGUGUCCAAGUGGCAAAGCAGACUGGAACAGCACAGGAAAGAACUUGAUGAAGAAAAGAAGACCUUAAUGGCAAUAAGAAACAAAAGAUUUCUUCCAUAUUUUGAGUCAGAAUUCAGCAAAGAAUUUUUCGAAAAAAAGUUUCCUGAUGUGGAAGCACUGUGUAUGGAACUUCCUCCAGUUCAAAGAAAAGAAAGUGUGACUUUCCCUCCAGACACAAUUAAAAAACCCAGUAGAGCAGCUGAACUUCUUGAUACUAUAAGGGAUUCAUCACUUUUGCCUGGCCUUCUGCUGCAAGCUCCUUCCAAACAAAAUGAAAGUUCCAGCAGCACAACAGACCUAAACAAGGCUGCAAGAACAGAAGAGGCACCCUUUCAACAUAAAGUUCAAAGUCUGACAGUGAAUGCUGCAGGACAGACAAGAAAAGAGAAAGUAAUAUUACCGUCAUCCCUUCAGGGGACAAAACCAAACUCCAUACCAAAUAAAAAGAUAGAAGAUCCUGUGGCAGGAAAGAUCAAAACAUCUUCUCUUGCAACAACAAGACAGGAUCUUAAUGGCUUCCAUCUCAUUCCACCCAGAGUGACAUUUGGAGUGUUAAAGGAAGGCUGCACCUAUGCAACCACUGUAAUCAUGAAGAACGUCGGUGUGAACUUCUCAAGGUUUCGGGUGAAGCAGCCGCCUCCAUGCACAGGACUGAGAGUGAUGUACACACCAGCACCUGUGGCGGCAGGCUUGGAGGUUGAACUGGAGAUAGAGAUUUUUGCCAUGGUAAUUGAAGGGAAAGAUACUGGUGGCCUUGAAGAAGUUUCCCAUGAUAUUGAAAUAUUAACAGAAACAGACACUCUUCUCCUGCCUGUGAAAGCAACUGUGUUAACCAAUGACAUUUAUGAGUGCCGCCCAGAAGGAUACCCUCAAGGAGGGAUGGCAGCAACAGUCCGGGCAGUUCCUACAAGCCCCAAGCCACGGCUACGGAUUACACUACCCCGAAAGCCUUCUAGUUAAUGUUAGAGCCCUAGAAGAAUAACAUGAGGAUCAACAGCACUGAAAUACCUGAAUUUUUGUCCAACAGUAGAGAAACAUCCCAGUGUAGGCUUUUUCAUUUACUUAACCAGAUUAAGUGUGAAUAAAUAUUUUUCC